AUGAGCGAUAAGUACGAGGAAAAGCCUGACGCCAUGGGCAAAGAGUUCAGCGAUGAACUCACGCCCGAGGAGCGUGAGCACGAGAUCGAGUCACGCGACCUGCAGAGCCACCAGUACCUCGACAACGAAUCACUGUAUGACCGGAUGGCGUUCGCGCAGAUACCAGUGCACAUGAAGAGCCCUCGCAUGCUAGUUGUCACGCUGGGUGUGUUCGCAGCGUUUAGCGGCAUGCUGAGUGGGUUAGACCAGUCGGUGAUCUCAGGUGCGCUGCCUGGUAUCCGCAAGCAUUUUAUCGCAUCAGGCGAGUGGGCGAGCAUGGAUGACCCGAAACUGGCGACCGACAUCUCGUUGAUUUCUUCACUGAUGCCGCUAGGCGCAAUGGCCGGCGCGCUCAUCAUGACGCCGCUCAAUUUCUACUUUGGACGCCGCAACUCAAUUAUCAUCUCGUGUUUGUGGUACACACUGGGAGGGGGACUUUGUGCGGGCUCCCGCAGUGUGAGCAUGCUUUUUGCGGGCCGAUUCAUUCUGGGCAUCGGUAUCGGAAUCGAAGGCGGUUGUGUCGGUAUCUACAUCUCGGAGUGUGUGCCGCCAGAGGUGCGUGGCAACCUGGUGUCGGUGUACCAACUGAUGAUCGCAUUCGGAGAGAUCAUUGGAUACGCCGCCGGCGGCGUAUUCUUUGAUGUCCCGUCAGGCAGCUGGCGUUGGAUGCUGGGCUCGUCCCUCUUGUUCUCGACGAUCCUCCUGGUUGGAAUGUGCUUCCUGCCAGAAUCACCACGGUGGCUGGUAUCCAAGGGCAAAUACGGGCGCGCGUGGAGGGUGUGGAAGUCGCUGCGCAACAUGGCGGACCCGAAAAGCCUGGACGAGUACGUCGCGAUGGAGCUGACGGUCAAACAUGAUGUCGAGCAGUCCGCGAACGAGCAAUGGUAUCAGAGAUACCUGGAAGUGUGCAGGCAGCCGCGCAACCGACGGGCUCUUGUCUAUGCCACGGCAAUGAUCUUUUUCGGGCAGAUGACCGGCAUCAAUGCGGUGAUGUACAACAUGUCGAACUUGUUGGCCAAGAUGAAUUUUGAUGACCGCGAGUCAGUCCUGAUGUCGAUGGUGGGCGGUGGCGCUCUGUUCUUGGGAACGAUUCCUGCCGUGUUCACGAUGGACAAGUUCGGACGACGCGUGUGGGCACAAAACAUCCUGAUGUUCAUCGUGGGCCUAGCGCUGGUGGGUGUUGGCUACCUAUACACAAACAAUGGUGUCGAUUACUUCAAUGAGCACAGGGCAACUGCCUUGGGGUUGUUUUUCUCCGGUCUGGUGCUGUACAUGGCGUUCUUCGGGGCUUAUUCUUGCCUGACCUGGGUAGUCCCAGCGGAGAGUUUCAGUUUCAACACCCGCAGCCAGGGCAUGGCGAUCUGCUCUGCAUUCCUUUACUUGUGGUCAUUCAUCGUGACAUACAACUUCGAGGGGAUGCAGAAGGCGAUGACCUACACCGGCCUGACGAUCGGUUUCUUCGGUGGGUUGGCCGCGCUAGGCUUCUUUUACCAGCUGUUCUUCAUGCCCGAGACCAAAGAUAAAACAUUGGAGGAGAUCGACGAGUUGUUUUUGAUGCCGACGAGUAAGCUGGUUGCGCUGAACACGAGCAAUCUGGUCAAGCGCUUCCGGCCACGACGCAAUCCAGAGCAGGUCGACACCCACAACCCCUAA